UCCAUUUCCCUCCAUCUCCAUCUGUCUCCUUCUCUCCCGCCUCCAUUUCCCUCCAUCUCCAUCUGUCUCCCUCUCUCCCGCCUCCAUUUCCCUCCAUCUCCAUAUCCCUCUAUCUCCUUCUCUUUCGCCUCAUUCAUUCUCGAUCGCCUCCGUCUCCUUCGCCACAACAUCUUGCCUCCAUCUCCUUCUCCGUCUCCUCCUUGUUGCCUCAACAUUGUCGCUGCUGCCGCCGCAUCCGCUACCUCAACACCGCCGUCACAUCAGCUACCUCAACACCGUCUCCGUCUCCAUCUCCAUUGCAGCCUCUAGCUCCAGCAAGUCUAUCUCUGAUUUUGUUACAGUAGAGAACAGAUUCUGUAUUUGGUGCUUAGAGAACCAACAACUUAUUAAAUUAAUCUAUUCUCUUAUCUUCUUCUUUUUUUCCCAAGAAGUUUGUACAGAUUUUGUUUUUUAUUAUAAGUGUGUUUGUUGAACAAAUUUUGUUUUUUAUUUGUCCAGCAUUAUUUUACCUAAUAGUUAUUUGUUAACAUUAUUGGUAUCGGAUUGUUAUAUGAAAAUGAUUUGUGAAUUAGAAUUUAUUUAGUGGGAGCAGUGAAGUGGAUGCAGGAUGGAGACCGAGGUUCCCUUCCCUUGGCGUCUCCUUCGUCUUUUCACUCUGACUAAUGAGUAAUAGGGCUUUUGAUUUUUGUGGUUUUCUAAUUUCUAGUGGAUUAGCAGGAGUGUUUGAUAUUUUUCUGAAUCUGAUAUCCUCAACAUCCCCAAUUCAUGAUGUUGAUGUCGUUGGUUAUGUUCAGUUUAGUUUGUAAUUUGUAAAUGAUACAUUUCAAAAGCUAUGAGAACCUUUUAGAAAGGGAUUUGGAUGUUUUAGUUUAUAUUGAUAAGCACAUCUAUCUUAACACAUUUUAGUUAUAUCCAAUGGUGGUGAUUUUGUUGUAAGUUUAAAAUUUAUUAGAUUAUAAUUCAUGGAUACCCUCUGGCUAAAGAUACUUGUUCUCUUGAGAAUUUCUGAAAUUUGGGGCAUGGAAUGUGUUUGUUCUUUUAGAUUUGAUUUUUGAAGUCUUGUUACGAUUUUAAAAUUUCUGAAAUUGAAAUCUGUCAUAUUAUUUUAGAUUUGAUUUUUGAAGUCUUGUUACGAUUAUAAAAUUUCUGAAAUUGAAAUCUGUCAUAUUAUUUUAGAUUUUAUUUCUGAAAUUUGAGGCAUGGUAAAUGUAACACGAAAAGGAAACCCAAAAUCAACCUUAAAUGUACUACUUUCUUUUUUCAUCAACCAUAAAAUCAACAAAAGAAAAAAAUCAACACUAACACUAUUAAACCCCUAACAAACUUAUGCGUUCAACAGAAAACAACUCAAUUCAUUUGCUAGACCAUGAUUUUUGCAUAAAGGUCUGUUCAGUAGUUGUUGAUCUGCAGAGCCUCUAGUCUAAAUUAGGACACAAGGAUGUAACAUUACAAAUGAGGGAGGGAGCAAGUGGAUUAACAUAUGUCUACUUCUGUGUAUAACACUAUAUAAUUCAUUGUAUUCUACUUCUGUGUAUGACAUUACAAAUGAGGGAGGGAGCAGGUGGAUUAGUUAUUGUUGGAUGCUUGUACAUAAUUGUUGACCUUCCAUCAAUCGAAAAGGAAAAUUUAUAGGUGGAUUAUGCUUGUACAUAAUUGUUGUACAUAUUAUUUAACAUCAGUAGUAAGCAAAGAAAUGCCAUUUCCUUGUACAUAAUUGUUGUGCUGCCAUAUCUUCAUGGUUUCAGAGAGUUGGGAUUUGGGUGGUUGUAUUAUUAUAUUAAUAUUAUAUAUUAUAUAUUAUAUAUAUAUGCUUCAACUUCAACAUUCAGUGCAAUUAAUUGAGUUAGCAGCAAACUCUCUUGUAAAUUCUAUCUGUGUCUCAAGUAUAUAUGUCGACUAUGCCUGGCUAUGGAAUUCGGAUUUGGGUUAUAUCCGAUCUCCCUGACACUCAAAUUCAUUGCCAUUUUCAAGUUUAAAAUGCAAACAAUUUGCAUUGGUAUUUAGACUAAAAUUUCGAAGAUGAUAAAACAAAUAAACAAAUAGAUGAUGGCCUAUUAUUCAAAUGAAGUACAGCCCUAGAAAUUGAAUGGAAAAGGAAUUCAUCUAUCUAUCCCUAAUUAUUAGGGAUUAAACGGACUCAUUGUUGUAUGCAAAACAUAAUGUGCAAUUCAUGCCUCUUUUGCUAAGAGGUAGAGAUAAAGGGAUGGCUUACCAAGAAACAACCCACGGGUCUUUCAGUUUAUGAUAGUAAACACAUUCUGGUUAUGGAUAUCUCCUAAUUUUACCAGCCUGAAAAGGAGAAGGAUUCUCGUGUUUUUUAUGGAAGUGAUAACUUCUAUGUGCUUUUUAGGCUUCAUCAAGUAAGCUUAGUUUGACUUGAAAUAUAUUUUACUAUGUGGUUGAUCUUUUUAGGUGUUCUACAGAUUGUUCCUCAAACUACUCUUUUCUUUCUUUCCUUUUCUCUGAACUUCACAGCCACUAUAUAAGAGAAUGCAGUUAGCAAAGGUUAAUUCUUCAUCUGUUGAGAGGAAGUGGAGGCGUUCAAAUGAGACAAGUACAACUGAUCUGUAUGCUAGUCCUCUGCACCCGCACGUUUGUCCUUGCAGCUUAUGGACCAUGCUCAUGAUAAGCCUAAAGUAGCUGCAGUUUUAAUGGACCCUAAUUUUUUGGCUUAUCUGCAUAAUGACUUCUUGUCAAUUGCUCCCAAGGAAAAGGAGAAAGGGAUUUUCUUGAAAAGAAACAAGCACAAGUAUGGAGGAGACGAGUUGUCCGCUACACUCCGAGCCAUGAAGGGGCUGGAAAUUGUAAAUGGUCUUCAGUGCAAGAUAUCUUGCAUGUCUUCCAAGGUCUCUUAUGUCUUGGACACUGAAGAUUUCCUGCUCCGCGCUAAGAGCCAAAGGAGAACUCUGCAUCACAAAACUCCAAGCAAUGACCCAGGGAAGGUCUCAAAGAUUCGCCAAACCAGAGUGGAACGGUUCCGUAAGUUGCUUUCUGGUUCAUAAGAGUGGUGUUCUGCAACAAGUAGAUAUGUGUUGGUUGAGCUCACAUGAGUUUCAGGUUUCUUGUGCUCGUAAUAAGUCUAAUCGGUCAAAGCAAACAAUGAUUAAAACUACAUGCACUAGAAGUUUUGCUCGAGUUAGAGCUGAACAGGCUGAAAUAUUAGGACACGAACCGUUUGCAUGGGAAAUGUUCAAGGUGACAUACAAGAAAAAAGACAGGUCAAUGGUUGAUUCCACAUCAAAAGAAAUAGUGGUAAAUUUUAUUUUAAACAGUUUAUAUUGUUAUUGUGAUAUAUAUUUUAGUAUUAUGUUGUAACAUAUCUAUUUUAUUUAUUAUCAAAUUUCAAGACAAAAUUCAAUCUUUAGUAACCCAAAGAGCUGAUGAAGAACCUUCUCAAGCUAUUGAUGAAAAUGAAAUUUUUUCUGAAGUAAUGGGAAGAGAUUGUAAAUUGCUAGAUAUCUUUAGU